CUUGAUGAUAAUAAUGAUAUGCCAAGUCGCCGAGAUUAUAUGUUAUUGUUUGAAUUUUGUAUGAACUUUGAAAACAUGCUGGCUUGUCUUUUCCUGAGCAAUCAAUUUUCAAGUCGUGAUAUUUGUCUGGAGUAAAGCCACACACACCACGGCGCACAGUCCGACAAUUCCCCGGUGCAACAUCAUGUGACCAAUUCAGAUGGAGGAAGAACAACAUCCCAGCCACCCACUUAUCACUGUCUAGUACCUCGUAGGUACAUUUUGACACACCCCAAGGUGCUGGAUAUGUGAGGCUGAUGAUUAUACAUCAAAAUAUAUUUCAUGCAUACCUUUUGAAUAGUAGCGAAGAAGCGACGGCUGUGAUGAAUACGUUCAUUUUCAUUUUUCCUUGUAUAACACCAUCCAAUAGCAUUCUUCACAUAUCAUGAUUUCUUAAUUACACACGGAAAGCGGAGCAGACGAUCAUCCUAGACACCCGGCCAACGUUGCGCUCAAGUUUAUAGCCCUGUUACACUCUCUAAAUUACGUUGUCCGGAGGGAAAAUAACGACAUUUGUACAGCAAGAACAUAUCAAAGAUGGAUGCUACAGAAGAGGAACUGGAUCCUUUGUGGAAGGACCUCGAUUGGUAGGUUCUGGGCCAUUUACAUAGAGACUUGGAAAUAGGCUAACAAAAUAAAGGGCCAUGGGACAAUGCUUUAUGAUGGGAUUUGAGGGGACCGAGGUUACUCCUCAAAUCAGGACUCUUAUUGAAGAUCAUCAUCUAGGUGCUAUUUUGCUGUCGACCAAGAACAUGAAGUCUGCCCGAGAGACAGCAAAUUUAGUACAGGAACUCCAAACGAUCGCGCACCAAGCUGGUCAUCUAGUCCCUUUAAUCAUUGCUCUUGAUCAAGAGAAUGGUGGCGUUAAUAGCCUUUUUGAUGAAGAUUACAUCUGUCAGUUUCCCAGUGCAAUGGGAAUGGCAGCAACUGGAUCUCUAGAGCUUGCAUACGAAGUUGCCAAUGCAACAGCCAAAGAAUUAUCAGCAGUUGGUGUUAAUAUGAUAAUGGGCCCUUGUCUUGAUGUCUUGACAAAUGCUCGUUAUCAACCAUUGGGUGUUAGAGCUACUGGAGAUGAUCCUCAAGAAGUUUCUCAAUAUGGUAUUGCUGCCAUGAAUGGGUAUAAGGAUGCCGGGCUCGCUUCCUGCGGGAAACAUUUUCCAUCUUAUGGAAAUUUAGAUUUCCUAGGAUCAUCUCUUGACAUGCCCAUUAUCACAGAGACUCUUGAGCAGCUAAGUCUUGGUGCUCUGGUUCCAUUCCGAAAUGCUAUUCGUGAAGGAAUGGAUUCCAUCAUGGUUGGUGGAUGUGCAAUAGCAAAUGCUGGAAUGAAUGUCAUGCACGCCUGUCUUAGUGAUCAAGUUGUGGAUGAUCUCCUUCGGAACGAUCUUGGCUUCAAUGGUGUAGUUGUUUCUGAGUGUCUUGAGAUGGAAGCAUUAAGCCAUGAUAUUGGAGUUAGAGGUGGUACCGUCAUGGCAGUAGAAGCUGGAUGUGAUCUGGUACUUCUCUGUCGCUCUUACUCUGUUCAAAGAGAAGCCAUUGCAGGAUUGAAACUUGGACUGGAAAAUGACAUGAUCUCUAGAGAACGUAUAAACCUCUCUUUGAAGCGAGUCUUGAGGGUCAAAUCACAGUGCACAUCUUGGGCUAAAGCCUUGAACCCUCCAGGUAUUAGCCAUCUAACAUCUUUACAUCCUGGCCAUCUCGCUUUGUCUACAAAAGCAUACGAUAACUCAAUAACUAUCAUGAGAGACAAAGGCCAUUUACUCCCGCUAUCAAAUAGUUACUCUGAAGAUGACGAUGAUCUUCUCCUUUUAACACCAUUAGUGAAGCCAUUACCAGCAUCUACCGCAACUCUUGGUCACGAGAGUGCAAAAUCUACCAACAAUGAAUCUGAAAAAUCACACAAAUCAUCAAUCAUGAGUGGUGAAGGUGUUUUUCGAGAAUUAGGGAGAGCUCUAGCACGUCAAAGACAUGGAAGACUUCUUCAUACUUCAUAUACCGCAAAUGGAGUUCGACCAGUCCAUGAAAAUCUGAUCAACAGAGCAGGAACCAUUAUCAUUAUAACAGCUGAUGCAACUCGAAAUUUAUAUCAAAAUGGAUUUACCAAACAUGUCGCUAUGAUGUGUUCGAUGCUUAGUUCUGCAGGAAAGAAGAAGUCAUUGAUUGUGGUUUCAGUUAGUUCUCCAUAUGAUUUUGCUAUGGACAAGAGUAUUGGGACAUAUGUUUGUACUUUUGAUUUUACGGAAACGGCUAUGAAAGCAUUGGUGAGGGCGUUAUUUGGGGAUUUUGUUCCUCAAGGAACAUUACCUGUUACGCUUAGAAAGAGUAGGAAAGUACAGAAAUCGAGACAGCAUUGGUUAGUGGAGAGUUAUAAUAGAGAUAGAGAUGCAAGAGGUCUACAAGCACUUAUUACAUCUAUCGAGAAGACUACUCCACCGAAUCAACAAUCGGCAUUAGCGGGUGCAACAGCGGGCUCGUUUGAAAUGCCAUCUGCCGUAAACAAUAAUUCUCUUGAAGAGUCUCAUUACGUUGUGCGCAACAGCAGUACUCAAGCUCUAUUUGGAUUUUGCUCCACCACCUAUUUACCCAGUACUCACACCGGUACAAUCUCCACCCUAUUUGUCGACCCUUCCAAGCGUAAUCUCUCAAUCGGCCACUCCCUCCAUCAACGUGCCCUCCGUCAUCUCCUCCAAAAACCAAAUAUCACUCACCUUCAACUCGGCUCUACCCUCCCAGCUAUCUACCUUGGCAUUCCUAUGAGUGACCUCACCGAAGGUGCACGCCUUAAACGUUGGUUCGCUACAAAUGGCUGGGACAUCCUUUCUCCCAGAUUCCUAUACACGUUGAUAAUUCGCAACGUAUCAAUUUGGACACCUCCAGAAGGCCUCUUAGGAACGAUCCAACGCUUAUCCCUUCAAUUUGAUUUGAUUCAUGGUCCUUCCAACUCCGCAACCCAAGUUCUCGACUUCGUCCAGACCCAUUCAUCGCCUGAAAUUCAUAGUCUUUAUAAUCUCGCAAUCAUGGAUCCAAAAUCUUGUGGUAUCGUGAGGGCUAAAUCACCAAUCGAUGGGAGUCUCGUGGGCACGAUUAUUAUCUCAAAGUCUGGUACUAUGCUUUCGCGUUGGAUGCCCGUUCUUUCUUCUUCUCCUAUUCAAUCUACUUCUGUUUCCCAUACAAAUCCCAACAAUUUCAAUCCCAAGGGAAAAGAAAAGGAAGAAAAUAGAAAUGGGAAUAACUCAGUAGGAGGUAUCUUAGCCCCAAUCAUCCCAUCGAAUAAUGCGCAACGAGAAACAAUCUUGCAAGGAUUGGUCAUGUUGAGUAUCAGACAGAAUAGAAAUAAGGGGGAUGGAAAGGGAGUGGUGUUGAAUUGGGUUGUGGGAAGUGAUCGGGAUGUUUUGUUGGGGAUGGGAUUCGACGUGUUGGAGGCGUGGGAAGAGGUGAUUUGUGAAGUUGAGAGGGUGAGUUUAUUUUGAUUUGCGACGUGAGGAUGGUGUGAUUGUCAAGGAGCUGGGUUGGAUGGAUGUAUGGAGAGAUUGUAUGGGAAAGAUAUGCUAAUGAAUGCUUGUUUAUAGUGGAGUGAUAUAAAUUUAGGUUGAAGGGGAGAUGGAAAGAGGUGGACAUAUGAUGUGACAUUUUCUUGUAUGUUUAAUAUAAUCAAUCUUUUCUUCGGAAUGU